AUGGCCUCGGAUGCAGCUGCCGACAGGCAAUCACAUCGGCGCCGGCGCGAUGACCACGAUGACCAUGAGCGCGACCCCUACAGUAGUCGUAGGCAAAAAACGCGACAUGAUGACAGCGACCGCGAUAUAGACGGACGAGGCGGUUCGAGGGAGAGGAAGCGUCGCGACCACCACAGACGCUCCCGUAGCCCAGAAAAUAGGGGCCACAGGAGGAGGUCACGCAGCCGGGACCGCGACCGCGACUCUAGACGGACAUACGACGACAGGGAGAGGAGGAGUAGACGGCGGAGGGAUGAUUCAAACCCCGACGACUCCUCGGACGGAAGAAGAAAGGAUCGAAAAGUUAGAAGGCGCUCCAGAUCAAGGGAGGAUACGGCACGAUCUUCAAAACACGACUCCGAUAGGAGGAGAAGGGACGGCUCACGUAGCCGACGGAAGGACGACGAUGAAAAGGCUUUACAACCAGUCCGGCGCAGCGGGCCCCUGCCGUCACAAUCCGACUCCUUCGCCGUGGCCGGUACUGGGGGGGAGGCGGAACCCGAUAAGCCCAAGGAGAGGCCAAACUACGGAGCUACGGGGGUGCUGGCCGCGGCUUCAAACUCGGUGCAGAAGGCGGACGGGACCACGAUCACGCUGAAAUACCACGAGCCGCCCGAGGCGCGCAAGCCACCUGCCCGCGACGACUGGCGCCUCUUUGUGUUCAAGGGCGACGACCUGGUCGACACGAUCUCGCUCGCAUCGCGGUCGUGCUGGCUCGUGGGGCGUGAUAGCGCGGUGGCCGACUUGCUGGCCGAGCAUCCGAGCGUGAGCAAGCAGCACGCGGUGAUACAGUUUCGGCACGUCGAGAAGCGGAACGAGUUCGGCGAUCGCGUGGGCGGCGUCAAGCCGUACCUGCUCGAUCUGGAGAGCGCCAACGGAACGCACAUGAAUGGGGACCAAGUCCCGGAGAGCAGGUAUCUCGAGCUGAGGCACAAGGACGUGAUUAAGUUUGGGCAGAGUACACGGGAGUAUGUUGUCAUGCUGUCCCCAAAGGAGUGA